AUGACUCCCGCACAGUUAAGAGGGCACCCAGGGACCGUUGGAUGCGGAGAGGGGCAGCGGCGGCCCCCCAAUCCCCCGUUCCUUUCCCCUCUCACCCUUCCCCCAUUCUCUCUUUCAUGCCCGUCCCCCUCACCUGCACGAUGCCUGCGACGCUGGGCGGCCAGCCGUUGGAUGCGGAGAGGGGCAGCGGCGGCCCCCCAAUCCCCCGUUCCUUUCCCCUCUCACCCUUCCCCCAUUCUCUCUUUCAUGCCCGUCCCCCUCACCUGCACGAUGCCUGCGACGCUGGGCGGCCAGCCGUUGGAUGCGGAGAGGGGCAGCGGCGGCCCCCCAAUCCCCCGUUCCUUUCCCCUCUCACCCUUCCCCCAUUCUCUCUUUCAUGCCCGUCCCCCUCACCUGCACGAUGCCUGCGACGCUGGGCGGCCAGCCGUUGGAUGCGGAGAGGGGCAGCGGCGGCCCCCCAAUCCCCCGUUCCUUUCCCCUCUCACCCUUCCCCCAUUCUCUCUUUCAUGCCCGUCCCCCUCACCUGCACGAUGCCUGCGACACUGGGCGGCCAGCCGUUGGAUGCGGAGAGGGGCAGCGGCGGCCCCCCAAUCCCCCGUUCCUUUCCCCUCUCACCCUUCCCCCAUUCUCUCUUUCAUGCCCGUCCCCCUCACCUGCACGAUGCCUGCGACGCUGGGCGGCCAGCCGUUGGAUGCGGAGAGGGGCAGCGGCGGCCCCCCAAUCCCCCGUUCCUUUCCCCUCUCACCCUUCCCCCAUUCUCUCUUUCAUGCCCGUCCCCCUCACCUGCACGAUGCCUGCGACGCUGGGCGGCCAGCCGUUGGAUGCGGAGAGGGGCAGCGGCGGCCCCCCAAUCCCCCGUUCCUUUCCCCUCUCACCCUUCCCCCAUUCUCUCUUUCAUGCCCGUCCCCCUCACCUGCACGAUGCCUGCGACGCUGGGCGGCCAGCCGUUGGAUGCGGAGAGGGGCAGCGGCGGCCCCCCAAUCCCCCGUUCCUUUCCCCUCUCACCCUUCCCCCAUUCUCUCUUUCAUGCCCGUCCCCCUCACCUGCACGAUGCCUGCGACGCUGGGCGGCCAGCCGUUGGAUGCGGAGGGGGGCAGCGGCGGCCCCCCAAUCCCCCGUUCCUUUCCCCUCUCACCCUUCCCCCAUUCUCUCUUUCAUGCCCGUCCCCCUCACCUGCACGAUGCCUGCGACGCUGGGCGGCCAGCCGUUGGAUGCGGAGAGGGGCAGCGGCGGCCCCCCAAUCCCCCGUUCCUUUCCCCUCUCACCCUUCCCCCAUUCUCUCUUUCAUGCCCGUCCCCCUCACCUGCACGAUGCCUGCGACGCUGGGCGGCCAGCCGUUGGAUGCGGAGAGGGGCAGCGGCGGCCCCCCAAUCCCCCGUUCCUUUCCCCUCUCACCCUUCCCCCAUUCUCUCUUUCAUGCCCGUCCCCCUCACCUGCACGAUGCCUGCGACGCUGGGCGGCCAGCCGUUGGAUGCGGAGAGGGGCAGCGGCGGCCCCCCAAUCCCCCGUUCCUUUCCCCUCUCACCCUUCCCCCAUUCUCUCUUUCAUGCCCGUCCCCCUCACCUGCACGAUGCCUGCGACGCUGGGCGGCCAGCCGUUGGAUGCGGAGAGGGGCAGCGGCGGCCCCCCAAUCCCCCGUUCCUUUCCCCUCUCACCCUUCCCCCAUUCUCUCUUUCAUGCCCGUCCCCCUCACCUGCACGAUGCCUGCGACGCUGGGCGGCCAGCCGUUGGAUGCGGAGAGGGGCAGCGGCGGCCCCCCAAUCCCCCGUUCCUUUCCCCUCUCACCCUUCCCCCAUUCUCUCUUUCAUGCCCGUCCCCCUCACCUGCACGAUGCCUGCGACGCUGGGCGGCCAGCCGUUGGAUGCGGAGAGGGGCAGCGGCGGCCCCCCAAUCCCCCGUUCCUUUCCCCUCUCACCCUUCCCCCAUUCUCUCUUUCAUGCCCGUCCCCCUCACCUGCACGAUGCCUGCGACGCUGGGCGGCCAGCCGUUGGAUGCGGAGAGGGGCAGCGGCGGCCCCCCAAUCCCCCGUUCCUUUCCCCUCUCACCCUUCCCCCAUUCUCUCUUUCAUGCCCGUCCCCCUCACCUGCACGAUGCCUGCGACGCUGGGCGGCCAGCCGUUGGAUGCGGAGAGGGGCAGCGGCGGCCCCCCAAUCCCCCGUUCCUUUCCCCUCUCACCCUUCCCCCAUUCUCUCUUUCAUGCCCGUCCCCCUCACCUGCACGAUGCCUGCGACGCUGGGCGGCCAGCCGUUGGAUGCGGAGAGGGGCAGCGGCGGCCCCCCAAUCCCCCGUUCCUUUCCCCUCUCACCCUUCCCCCAUUCUCUCUUUCAUGCCCGUCCCCCUCACCUGCACGAUGCCUGCGACGCUGGGCGGCCAGCCGUUGGAUGCGGAGAGGGGCAGCGGCGGCCCCCCAAUCCCCCGUUCCUUUCCCCUCUCACCCUUCCCCCAUUCUCUCUUUCAUGCCCGUCCCCCUCACCUGCACGAUGCCUGCGACGCUGGGCGGCCAGCCGUUGGAUGCGGAGAGGGGCAGCGGCGGCCCCCCAAUCCCCCGUUCCUUUCCCCUCUCACCCUUCCCCCAUUCUCUCUUUCAUGCCCGUCCCCCUCACCUGCACGAUGCCUGCGACGCUGGGCGGCCAGCCGUUGGAUGCGGAGAGGGGCAGCGGCGCCCCCCCAAUCCCCCGUUCCUUUCCCCUCUCACCCUUCCCCCAUUCUCUCUUUCAUGCCCGUCCCCCUCACCUGCACGAUGCCUGCGACGCUGGGCGGCCAGCCGUUGGAUGCGGAGAGGGGCAGCGGCGGCCCCCCAAUCCCCCGUUCCUUUCCCCUCUCACCCUUCCCCCAUUCUCUCUUUCAUGCCCGUCCCCCUCACCUGCACGAUGCCUGCGACGCUGGGCGGCCAGCCGUUGGAUGCGGAGAGGGGCAGCGGCGGCCCCCCAAUCCCCCGUUCCUUUCCCCUCUCACCCUUCCCCCAUUCUCUCUUUCAUGCCCGUCCCCCUCACCUGCACGAUGCCUGCGACGCUGGGCGGCCAGCCGUUGGAUGCGGAGAGGGGCAGCGGCGGCCCCCCAAUCCCCCGUUCCUUUCCCCUCUCACCCUUCCCCCAUUCUCUCUUUCAUGCCCGUCCCCCUCACCUGCACGAUGCCUGCGACGCUGGGCGGCCAGCCGUUGGAUGCGGAGAGGGGCAGCGGCGGCCCCCCAAUCCCCCGUUCCUUUCCCCUCUCACCCUUCCCCCAUUCUCUCUUUCAUGCCCGUCCCCCUCACCUGCACGAUGCCUGCGACGCUGGGCGGCCAGCCGUUGGAUGCGGAGAGGGGCAGCGGCGGCCCCCCAAUCCCCCGUUCCUUUCCCCUCUCACCCUUCCCCCAUUCUCUCUUUCAUGUCCGUCCCCCUCACCUGCACGAUGCCUGCGACGCUGGGCGGCCAGCCGUUGGAUGCGGAGAGGGGCAGGAUGGCGACGGAUAUGAUCACGCGGUCCGCGUUGCACAGCACCAGCGCCACCGCCACCAGCGCCACCAGCGUCGGCACCGCCACCGCUGCUGCUGCUGCUGCUUGUGAUUCCUGUGCUGCUGCUGUGGCUGCUGGUGGUGGCGCCGCUGCUGCUCUGUCUGAUCCUCUUCCUGAUUCCGAAGCACUAGCUGACACUCGCACUGCUGCUGUCCUGUCUCGUCCAUCCUGCUCCGACACAGCUGCCACGUCAGCUUCUGCUUCGUGA